AUGAACCCGGUUCAGGUUCAACCAAAAUUGGCUGAACCUGAACCGCACCGAACCGCGGAAACACUAGUAUGGGAUCUGUUUGCCAAUCGGGUGGUGCCAUUCUGGGUUGCAAACAAAUGGCCUUCGCCCAUAUCCCAUGCAUGGGUGUCUGACAAGGAGCAGAGGGAUGUGUGUACAUCAAUCAAUGGAUAUGAAUGGCCCGUGCCAAUUCCCAAAGAUGUGGACCUCAAUCACAUCCGGAUUGAGAUGCUGAACCUUGGAGCAGAGUAUGUGUGGCUAGAUGUCCUGUGUUUGAGGCAAAAGGGUGGGUGCAGGGAGGAUCUAUGCAGAGAAGAAUGGAAGGUCGAUGUUCCAACCAUUGGAGCUAUCUAUUGUAUUACAGGCUUCAGGAUGGUGGUAUAUUACCUCAGUGGGCUUGGUCGACCUUUUUUUUUGACGUCAGAUGACUUGGAAAGUGAUCAUUGUUGGUUCAGACGUGCAUGGACACUUCAGGAGGUUGACAAGGAUUAUGUAAUUGGUGGGGAGACUGAGCAUCACUGGAUGGACAAAAACAUGCAAAGAAGAGUCAACAAACACCUACAAUCAUUGAAGUAUGCAAAGGGGCCUUGGUUAUUUGACUUACUGCAGGAGAUGUGGAAUCGUGUGUCAACAAAGCCUCUCGAUAAAGUGGCAGGUUUGGCAUACUUUAUCUCUAAGAGUUCUAUCCCAAUAUACGAUGAGUUGCAAUCUGAAGAAGAUGCCUGGGUAGCACUUACGGAGGUGAUGUCUGAAGAUUAUUGUUUGCAGUUGCUCUUCUUAUACUCUGAGCCUGGGGAUGGAUGUGGACGCUGGCAACCAUCAUGGAACCAGUUAAUGGUGAUGGAGAUUAUACCAGAUGAUAGCCUUAUAUUGGGGAUAGGGACACUUGGGACUGAGGAGACAGGUGCUGACUGGUAUGAGGGACCCUGUAUCAAGUCAGGUUAUUUGUGGGGAUUGGGUCAGGUAUCAAACAAAGAGAUAUCUUGACGGGGCGAAUUGGUGGUCAGAGAUCAUAUCGGAGCACCCCAUAUAAUUGGGACCCUCGCUUACCAUGCAUACCCGAUACCUGAUGGCUGGUAUACUCUCUUCGGUGAGGGUUAUAAUUCCUUCGGAAGCUCAUUAUAUUGGGUGGUAGGGCAAAAACGAUGGGAUGGGAAGUCUGAAAAAGUGUCAGUGAUCCAAAUCACAGAUCAUUGCAACUAUUGGGAGCCUUGGACAAUUAGUGAUGCACAAGUCAUUGCUAAAACAUUUCUUUGUUGAAAAUAGGAUACUUAAUGGCUUACUUUGCACAAGUGUACUGACAGAGAGGCAGGAUGAAGAGUAGGCUUAUGGCACUGUUCACUUACACAGUUACACUUAGAAGAGAU